UGAGAGUUUAUUGUUCUGUGGUUGUGAUGUAUCAGAGAGCUAUCUGUUUAAUACAUUCACAAACUAUAUAGUGAUGCUAGUGCAUAAUACAUUUCUUAUAAUUAGAGUGAGAAUGGUGUCGACAGUCACAACACAACAGAAAAAUAAAUUUUUCCUUUAAUCGGGUGAAUGUUUGGAUGAAUAGAACAUGCAAAAGUAUUGCGAUCCUUUGCGAGUACCAUUUUGCGAUACUAUUCAUGGGUUGGCAUUCUAGUUGGCAGGCGCAUUUGGGCAAUGCCUAGUUGCCAGCCCUAAAAAUGUCUGCCUACUCUAGAAUUUGAGUCUCGAAUACGAUUUGAAAAUUAUUUGAAGCAAUGUUAAAAUACGCCCCUGUCUGCCCCCUCAGGGAACAGUGACAUCAAGAUCUUGUGGCAGUUGUAUGACGCGUUCGUUCGUUAAACUAGCUCAAUCCUAUAAUUGCUCAAAUCGGACCAGCUCAAAACGUCUUGUAUAAUGCCGACCUUAACUUGAAGUCAAACGGCGAUUACGGCGAGCGGUAAAAUAGUGAACAUGAAAAUGGAUCGUGAAAAUAGUGAUCGUGGAAGCUAAAUUUGUAAAAAAAGUUUGCCAUUUUUUGGAUUUAAAUUUUGGAUUGAUUCUGUCAUUGAAAUUUAGUUAUUUUCACUUCAUUGUUUUAAUAAAACUAUUAAGUGUAUCGUAAGUUUUUAAAAUCAACAGGAGUUCGAAGCCACCAUGGAUGUGGAUACAGAUGGUAGAAAAUCCCGUUCACGCAGUAGAUCUGCAGAGUCAGCAUCAAAGAUGUCUCACGACGGCUCUGCGCACUCGCGUCACUCGUCCAAGUCUGGGUCGCGGUCUCGGUCGCGCUCCGGGUCGGGUAGUCGCUCUCGCUCUCACUCACGUUCCUCACGCUCUCGUUCUCGCUCACACUCUGGCUCGCGUUCUCGUAGCAGAUCCCACAGUAGCGCUCGCUCUAGAAGUGGCUCACGAGCAAAAUCCGUUUCGCCGUCGCCAAACAAAUCCAAAUCCCGGUCAAGAUCCGGAUCGCCGCGCUCGCGCAGCGGAUCACCAAGAAAGUCCAGGUCUAAAAGCGGAUCUCCGAGAAAGUCUAGGUCUAGAUCUGGGAGCGAAUCUCCUGCCAAAUCGAGGUCUAGAAGUGGGUCUCCGACCAAAUCGAAGUCUAGAAGCGGCUCACCUGCCAAAUCGAGGUCUAGAAGCGGAUCUCCAGCAAAAUCUAGAUCAAGAAGUGGAUCCCCAGCUAAAUCUAGAUCGAGAAGCGGAUCCCGAGUCAAAUCGAGGUCCAAGAGUGGCUCUCCAAAAAAAACCAGAUCUCGAAGUGGAUCACCGGCCAAGUCUAAGUCCCGCAGUAGAUCUCGAAGCAAGUCCAAGUCUAAAAGCAAAUCUCCGGUGAGAAGCAAGUCGAAGAGUCGGUCCCGGUCCCCGGAGAAGAUGGAUGUGGACGGAGAACCGGACAAGCCUGGCUCUCGCAGCAGUUCGCGAGCCAAGUCACGCUCGCGGUCAAAAUCACGCUCUAAGUCUCCCGGAGGAUCCCGUGCUAGCCGAUCCCGAUCCCGCUCACGAUCCCGGAGCGCGGGACCAGAAGGUGAUGCGAAGAAGAGGCGAUCUCGUUCGCGAUCCCGGAAAUCCGGGUCCCGGUCUAGGUCCCGGUCCGCGGGCUCCCGGUCUCGAUCCCGGUCGCGGUCCAAAUCCCGCUCAAAAUCCCGAUCCAAAUCCCGUUCUCGGUCCAGAUCUAAGUCCCGGUCUCGAUCCCGAUCUAAAUCUGGUUCCCGGUCCCGGUCGCGGUCCCGGUCCCGGUCGCGUUCAAAGUCCCGGUCCAGGUCUCGAUCUAAAUCCCGCUCAAAGUCCCGCUCGAGGUCGCGCUCUGGCUCCGCUAAAUCAGGAUCCAGGUCUCGUUCCCGGUCCAGCUCCCGGUCCGGGUCCGGAUCGCCCUCCAGAAGAGAAGGCAAGAAGCGUCGCGCAGUUCGCCUACAAUCCGACGAGGAGGGCGGCGGUAGUGGCGGGGAAGAGGGGGAGGCAGCCAAGAAGGGGGAGGCGGAGGGGGAGGGGCAGGGGGAGGCGGGGAGGGAGGGGGGAGAGAAGCCCGCGCCCGCGGGGGAGGGGACCGUCGCCGACGACUCCUCGGAUGAUGACGGGCCUGUUACUGGAUCCAGCGCGGACGCACAAAGCGGCAUGUCAGACUUCGACAUAAUGCUCGCGCGCAAGAAGGAUGAGAGGCGCGGCAGGAGGCGCCGGCGGGACAUCGACAUCAUCAACGACAACGACGACCUCAUCGCGCAUCUACUGCAGCAGAUGCGGACCGCCGCCGACGAGGACAGGGACCUCAACCGGCGCAACCAGCCCGCCGUCAAGAAGGUGUCGAUGCUGAAGCAAGCCAUGUCUCAACUCAUCAAGAAGGACCUGCAGCUAGCGUUCCUGGAACACAACGUGUUGAACGUUUUAUGCGAUUGGCUCGCCCCCAUGCCCAACCGGGCGCUGCCCUGCCUGCUCAUACGCGACGCCGUGCUCAAACUGCUCACCGAUUUCCCCUCAAUCGACAAGUCCCUACUCAAGCAGUCGGGCAUAGGAAAAGCGGUCAUGUACUUAUACAAACACCCGAAGGAGACCAAAGCGAACCGCGAGCGAGCGGGACGACUCAUAUCGGAGUGGGCCAGGCCCAUAUUCAACCUGUCGACAGACUUUAAAGCGAUGACUCGCGAGGAACGCCAGGCGCGAGACGAGGCGAUGGCGGGAACCAAACGACGGGACGAACCCGGACCCUCCAAGCGGGCCCGACCCGACGAGCCCGACCGCACCGUCCGUCCGGGCGAGCCAGGAUGGGUGGCGCGCGCGCGGGUGCCGCUGCCCUCCAACAAGGAGUAUGUGGUGCGGCCCAAGUCUACCAACGAGACCGACAUGUCCAGGACGACCAAGAAAAAGAUGACCCGCUACGAGAAGCAAAUGAAAAGGUUUUUGGACCAGAAACGGAUCAAGAGCGGAUCGCGGAGAGCCGUCGAGAUCUCCAUAGAGGGCCGCAAGAUGGCGCUGUGAACCAAACAACUAACCGACUGUGACGUCACGAUGUUAAACUGUAUGCCCAAGAGAUUAUCGAUAUUCUAGUUCUACGCCAUUUUAAGUCCUAUUUCACCAAGUCGACAUAUGUCACUAUCAUAUACAGGGUUAAUUUUAAAACACCAACAACCUCUUAGGGGGUGAUUCUUCCCAUUAACAGGAACAACUUUUAUUAUGACUUGUAUAUAUAUAUUUGCAAUUUGUGUAUUUGUAAAAAAUCAUGACGAAUAUUUUGUAAAAAAAACUGACUAAAGCUAAUAUACGAGCCCAAUAUAAAAAUUACACGAAUACUGCAUUAUCGACUAGCUAUAUAUUUGACAAAAGCUCUUAUGUAAGUGGAAUUAAAGCAUUUAACAAUUUGCCCAAUGACAUUAAAGAUUUAAAUUUAUUGGAAUUUAAAAUUAAAUUAAAGAAAUGGUUAAUAGAUAAAUGUUUUUAUAAUUUAAAGGAGUAUUUUCGAAAUUUUUAAUAGCAUUUACCACCUAUAAUGAAUAUUGUGCGUCCGAAACGGGCAGCUGUCUAGAACUAAGGCAUUACUUGUAACACCAUUAUGCUCAGCAUGGACAAUAAAGCUUUCUAUUCUAUUCUAUUCUAUGGGACCAACGCUGAAAUCGCGAAAAAAAAUCAGCUGUUUCAUACAAAUAAUCUACCGAUAUGUAUGAAACAGCUGUUUCUUUUAUCGCGUUGGUCUCAUAAUUUAAGUUGUUUCUGUUAAUGGGUAGAAUCACCACCUAAGAGGUUGUGGUGUUUUAAAAUGAACCCUGUAUAAGCUGACAGUUUGUUGUGGGGUCAUCUAUGUACUGCAACGAUAUCAUUAAUUAAAUGACCGAUACUGGUUUUACACAUGCAAAUCAAAGGAAAAAUUUAUUCGUUUCUUUAUAACUUCUCCAGUAUUGAGAACUCAUAUUUUCAAGCUUUCGCGGAGAGCCAUUUUGUAACUACCAAGGAAAACACUACAAUUGUGACGCAAAUCUGACGCAGCCCCGAUCUCAUGACGACAAUAGGGUUGAUGACUAAUUUUUUUUUCUUCGUUUAUCAGGUAGAUUAUCAAAAAGUAUUGGACACGUAUUUUUUCUUUUUUCACAUAAUAUAAACAUUGCAGAGAUACAUUGAUUUGAAAAGUCGCAUGACGUCACGGUUUGGUACAAUUUUCACUUAAAAGUGACGUCACGAGCCCCUACUCCCACACUUUGACGCGCUAUAACUUUGUCAUUUUUUGGUUGAUUGCCCAAAGAAAAAAUACGUGUCAAUUAUUUUUUGAUCAUCUAACUGACGGACUAAAUAGAAUUUCGUUUACUGUACUCCGUCAUCACCCCUAUUGGUCAAAUAUGUCCACUUGACCAAAUAACCCUUGGUUCUCAACAUACUUCAUUGUCUUUGAAGUAAGAUACGGAUUGUCUGUCAUUUUAUUAGCAUUCCCGAAUAUAUAUAUAUAGCCAGGUAGGCAAAUGAUUCUACCCCACUUAUGUUAAGUGGUGAUAAAGUCUAAACGAGAAGAUAGUUUUAAUUCUUUAAUUUGUCACCUAACAUCUGACCACAUUAUGUCAGUGGCUUAAUAAUAAUAUUGUUUAUUGUUAUACGUACACCAUACAAGACACACGAGUAAAUUAAAAACAUGUGGCAUGUUAUGUCGACUUUAUGAUAUAGUGCUAUCGAUCGACUCGCGAUGGGGAUAAGUCUGUCAUAUUUUGUAUAUUUUGUGGUGCAAUCUGUUUAUAAUAAACUAGUGGCUCGCCCUCGCUUCGCUUCGGCGUAGUGCUGUAGUGUAGGUAGACUAUUAUUUUUUGUUCUCAAACAUGUAUUAUACACAAUGAAUAUCUUUAUAUAAUUAUAAACCUCCCAUGAAAAAUUAUUUAACUGAUAGUGAACGUUUUGUUGCGUACUUUAGGACCCGUUGUACCGAAUGCACCAUUUUUUUGAUGAUAUUAUAUUGAUGUCUUCUAUAAAACUUUAGUCUAACACUUUGCUCUACUGUGAAUGACUUUCGCAGCGUAAGCGAUAGAAUGGUAUGUUUUUCGCACCCUGAGUUACGUUAUCGAAAUUUUCACACGGAACCUUAACUUUUUUGAAUAUACUCUAUAGUCUAUGUUCAUCAGGGAUAAUGUAGGAUUCUAAAAGUGAAAGAACUUUUCAAUUCGGUCCAGCAGUUUCGGAGCCUAUUUAAUACAUACAAACAAUCAAAUCUUUCCUCUUUAUAAUAGUAAGUAUAGAUGAUAAGAAUUAAGCGAGUACCGUUUCAUUAAAUACGAAUUUCUUUUUUUUGUAUAAUUAUUGGACAUAAUCGCAGACUACAAAUAAAUUUAAUAUCAUAUUCAAAUUAAGUAUCCAAUUGUUACUAACAACUUGGGUGUAUGUAACCUUGAAUAAAUGAAAUUAUUAUUAUUAUUAUUAAAGGCACAUGCUGUCUUAUUAUAUUUACAACGCAAAGAAAGAGACAGCACUAACUUGGUUUACGUUUAAAACUUUUUGAGUGCAGUCAUUUGACAUAUUAAAAUAUGUUACACACACUGUUUGUUACAAUAUACAAAUAUAAUCCACUGCAAGUUUUGGAAAACUAUAGUUGGUGUUCUUGCGCGUGGUAAAUAUAAGGAAGUCACACUUGAAAAUAUUUAAAUUUGAUCAUGAUCAUUGCAAAUGUUAAACAAACACUUGUUUUAUGAUAUUUUUCUUUAUCUCUCCUAUAAAGUAAGAAAGUAAGCACUUUGGAAAUAUGUUUUUUUUUUCUGAAUUAUUUGAGUUUAUAUAUGGAUCAUUUUGUUUACAGUCUUAAAUUCUGUUUAGCAGAACCUGUACUUAAUUUCAUUUAUAAACGAUCCCCAUGUCACAUUCAGACGUAACAAAGAUAAUAUGUGUAAAUACCAACGAAUUCGUAAUUAUAAGGAAGCAUUACUCUCUUACAAAAGUAAUAAUUAUGGACGAUUCAAAAGAGCUUUUAAUAAGUCAAUUUGAAUAAAGUAUAAUUUCAUUUAAUUACAAAAGGCACUUAAUUAUGUAUCCAAACUCAUUCAACCAAACUUCAAUGCUGUGUUAACACACUCAGACAAAACAAAAUACUCCAACAAAUCAAAUAUCUGAAAAUGAAUUCGGCUAUCUAUUCAUUGGGCAAGAUAAUGUUAAACGGAAAUACCAACCAAUCCCAUGAUCGGCGUGUAGAUCGCAUUUUUUCGUCCCGCCCACUUGAUCGCAGUUUGCGUGGGACCACUUUAUAGCGCAGCUCGAAUUCCACAUCUAAUUCUUUGGUAAACAUAGAUUUAUAUAUCUCUUUUACCUGUUGAACAUAAUCAUUUAUUCAAAUAUUUUUGCAUACAAUAUUGCGUGCAUACAUUAAAGUUGAAUCUUGUCAAUGCGAUUAUUUUGCUCUGCGUUGCAUUGUUGUCAUAUGAAUAGAGGCUUUCCGUUGUAUCGUGCUGACAAUUCAGUUAAGUAGCUCAAAUUGUAAAUAAAUAGUAAGGUAUUAUAAGAUAUGACAUACACUUAUCUGACAUAUAUAUAAAUUUAUAACAUUUUUACGAUUUCACUAAAUAUUACAAGCUCCAGGGCCGGAUUUAGAGGUAUCGGGGCCCUGGGGCAACGAAGGAGGCCCCUAAACCUGACCCGGAUGUCUUACGACCAUUUACCAUACCGCACAUGAUAGGAUAUAAGAAGAAAAAAAAUCAUCCCCACUUUACAUGUAGGGUACCUAAUUUUUUUUCACAAUUUAAUCUACCCUUUGUCCGCUUGAAUGAUAUCAAAUUGCUUCGCUAUCACUUGUGAAGGUCAAGAAGCUACGCUAUAUACAUACCUCAACAAAAUUGCAGAAAUGUAGUGCUAACAGUCUCUGCAAAACUUCUGUCGGACAGACAGACGGAAAUGACGACACAAUAAGGGUUUAUUGUCAGAACUACGGAACUGUAAAAAAUGAGACGCAUUUUUAGAACUAGAAGAGCUAGUCUUCUAGUUGCUGUGAUCCUGAAAAUAUUUACUAAAUUGUGAAAAAAAGGACGAACUGUGUUCAAAAACUGAGUUUAACUGACAUGUUUGCGAGUUGCACGAUUAUAGUAGGUAUCAAUCAAGUUUAUUAUUGUAUUAGUAAUAUCCCCCCCAUAAAAUUCGGUGCUUUAAUUUUUAAAGGCCUCCAUGGCCGAGUGGUAUUUUGAAGGUGUCACCUAGUCAGAGGCCCCGGGUUCGAGUUCCGGUGGGCCAAAUAUUAGUGUGAUGAAUACUAGCAUUCAUUUGUACCCAAGUCAUGGAAGUUUGUAUGUAUUAAUUAAUAAAAUAUACUUAUAUUAUGUAUCACUAUAUGUAUUCUAUCCGUUACCCUGGUAUUCCAUAACACAAGCCUUUGAGUGCUUACUUUGGGGUUAGGCUAAAUUGGUGUAUUACAAAUAUUUAUUUAUUAUUUAUUUAAUAUUUCCACAAUUUUACUCAUUUGAUUAAUGACUAUUCUAGGUUCUCGCGAAAAUAUACAUCUGGGGGCCAUUCACCUAACGAAAAUGCUUUUGAAAACUCUAACGCUUACGAUUUCAUUUUGUUAUUUAUAGCCGCCUGAGGUUUUCAAAUGCCUCGCGCUUUUUUUUUUCUUUUGCAUUGGUAAUUAAUAACAAUAUCAAAGAAAAUGAGAGUGAGGUAUUGGAUGAAAACGAAAGCGUUAGCGUUUUCCUUAGCACUUCCGUUAGGCGAAUUGCCCCAAGGGCGGAUCCAGAGCUGGGUCCAUCUGUACCCACUUCACAAUCUGUACCCACUGUGACCCCCUGGUCUACCUGUCUCUUUCGCUGUACGUAUCACUCGGAACGUGAGAUGGCAUACUUAGUAUUGUUUUUGUCUUUUUCAUACUCUUUGUUUAUUUAUUAUCUGUGGGUAUGUGAUAAUAAAUAGGAAUAAAUUUACCCGCGCAAUAUCGAAUUUCACUGAAGCGACAUGAAACCGCUUCCGAUUCAACAUCUGUAAAAUAGUUCAUAAUUUAGUUAUGUAAGUAUGAUUAUAAAUCAAUUCUGUCUCCAUAUAACGAUGUUUAUUUUGAAGCUCGUAAACUAUUCGCGGAGAGGAAAUUGUGACGUUUUAUUUUAUUUUUUGUGUUACCUAUGUGAUCCAUAGAGUAGACUUUGAGCCCAACAGAGGGCACAUAAGGCCUCAACCCGAUAGGCGCGUUUUUAUUGGUCGAUAACAUCGUAUGCGUUAUUGCGAUAUUUCGUCAUACUUCUGUUGCGUUGUUAUUAUUGCAGCAGAGUGUAAGUAACCGUUCUCAUACUUGAUGUAAUAAAAACAGAUAUCGCAAUAACGUAUCCGAUGUUAGAGGAGCUCGAUGGCGCAAGUGGUUAGCGCGUUCGGCUGCGCUCGCUGAAGUUGAGCAACUUUCGCAGUGGUCGGUCAUUGGAUGGGUGACCAAAAAUUUACUAUCUCGAGUUCCUCCAUGCUUCGGAAGGCACGUUGAGCCGUUGGUCCCGGCUGCAUCUGCAGUCGUUAGCACCCGCCAAUCCGCACUGGGCCCGCGUGGUGGGUUAUGGCCCAAUCUCCCUAUUCUAUCCAUAAGGAAGGCCUGUGUCCCUGCAGAGGGGGCGUUAAUAGGCUGGUGAUGAUUUUAUGCAUCCGAUAUUAUCGACCGUAGGUUUAAACGGCUUAAAGGGAUUAUAAUUUUAUUGAACGCCAUUGAAUUCGUUUCCUAUCUUUUAGAGUUAGUUGUCAGUUGGCAAUGUAACUCUCCUUAUAUGUAUAUUUUUAUAUAAUUAUCCAAUGUCUGAUUUGAAGGAGGAGUGUAAAAAUGAUAAGGUUUUGUAUGAGUGGUGGAGUGCAAUCGUUCGCGGCUCCCACGUUUGUGAUGUUGUGUAUAAGCUAUUUUGUAAGAUGAUAAUAAUAAAAUGAUUUAAUUAUAA